ACAUAUCCUUACUCCAUGUGCCAUUCCACAUAAGAUGCCAUCAUGCCACACACCACUCCCAUGUUCUCUUCCAGCCCAAUCAUAUUCAACUCUUCGACGCCCCCCUCUUUCCCAAUAAACCUUAACGCCCCAAAAUCUAUUCCACGUCAGCUUUCUGAAACGCCCAAAUCGUAUUUUCCAAGACUCCAGCUUUGUCUUCCCAUGGCCAACCCAGAAGCAACCAAGGUGGAGGUGGAGGAGGAGGAGGAGAAGCACGUGUAUUCCGUGUGGGCGCUCCCACCGGACGACGUGGCAGCGCGGCUGAAGAAGCUGAUGGACGGCCUACGAUCCGAGUUCGGCGGGCCCCACUUCGAGCCCCACAUCACGGUCGUUGGGGCAAUCAGUUUGACGCCGGACGACGCGCUUCGCAGGUUCCGAUCGGCGUGCGACGGCGUCAAGGCCUACGCUGCCUCCGUGGAUCGUGUCGCCACCGGGUCCUUCUUUUAUCAGUGUGUUUUGCUCCUCGUCCAUCCAACGGCUGAGGUAGUGGAAACUAGUGCACAUUGCAAUGGGCAUUUUGGAUACAAGACAUCUACUCCUUACAUGCCACAUUUGAGCCUCCUUUAUGGGGAUCUGACAGAAGAGGAGAAGAAGAAAGCUGAAGAAAAAGCUAACAUCUUUGAUGAAAGCAUUAGGAGCCUGAGCUUCCAAGUUACUCGUCUUGCAUUAUACAAAACAGACACUGAAGACAAAACUCUCAAAUCCUGGGAGAAAAUUGCCGAAUGCAACCUUACCUCAAGUUAGCUUCUUCUUCUUCUUCUUCUUCUUCAUGUUUCAAAAGCUUCAUAAUCAUGCUUUUUGGUUUGUAAUAAUUAAGGAUCAUGGUGUUCCUCUGCUCCUUCUUCAUCCUUUUUGUUUGUAAACUCCUGUUCUGGUUUUUCUUCUGUCAUUGUCUGUAAUUAUGGUGAACUAUGGUAGACUCUUCCCUUGCACCAGGAUUUUGAUUUAUAAGAAAUUUGGUGGGGUCCAAUAAGUUAUCAACA